CAGCUACGGGUUGGGACGCGGGGGCCCGAGGCGCACGGCGGGGCACGAUGGCGGCUUGGGGCGAGCUGCUGGCUGGCGUGCGCGGGGUGCUGCUCGACAUCUCGGGCGUGCUGUACGACGGCGGUGAGGGCGGCGGCGAGCCGAUCGCCGGCUCCGUGGAGGCGGUGGCCAGACUGAAGCGGUCCCCGCUGAAGGUGAGAUUCUGCACCAAUGAGUCACAGAAGUCCCGGGGAGACCUGGUGGGGCUGCUUCGGCGGCUGGGCUUUGACAUCUCUGAGGGCGAGGUGACGGCCCCAGCCCCAGCCACCUGCCUGAUCCUGAAGGAGCGAGGCCUGCGGCCACACCUGCUUGUCCAUGACGGAGUCCGCUCAGAAUUUGAUCAAAUAGACACGUCCAACCCAAACUGUGUCGUAAUUGCAGAUGCAGGAGAAAGCUUUUCUUAUCACAACAUGAAUAAAGCUUUCCAGGUGCUCAUGGAGCUGGAAAAUCCUGUGCUCCUCUCACUGGGAAAAGGACGCUACUACAAGGAGACCUCUGGCCUGUUGCUGGACGUUGGUCCCUACAUGAAGGCGCUUGAGUAUGCCUGUGGUAUUGAAGCGGAGGUGGUGGGGAAGCCUUCUCCCGAGUUUUUCAAGUCUGCCCUGCAAGAGAUGGGAGUGGAGGCCCACCAGGCCGUCAUGAUCGGAGAUGAUAUCGUGGGCGACGUCGGCGGUGCCCAGCGGUGCGGGAUGAGGGCACUGCAGGUGCGGACGGGGAAGUACAGGCCCAGUGAUGAGCACCAUCCAGAAGUAAAGGCUGAUGGGUACGUGGACAACCUCGCGGAGGCCGUGGACCUGCUGCUGCAGCACACAGACAAGUGACGGGCCUUCUGGGAGGGCCCCUAGCCUCCUGCCACCCUUCCCUGUGCCCAGACCACGCAAGGCCCUGUCCCCUGCCCUGGACAGGCAGGUGAAAGGGGCCAGCCAGGCAGUUCGGGGCUGCCCUGUUCCUGGGCCUGAGCCACCAGCCCCUCCUCUGCUUCCCUCUGCAGACCCUCCCCCCGCCCCAGUCACACCUCCCAGCUGCCUGGGCAGAGUUUGAUCCCCACCUGAUGGCCUGUCCCCUGCCUGUGCGUCCCUGGUGGAGUCAGGAGGUGGGGCAGACCUGUUGAAUCCCUGAGCCUUUUCACUCUCCAUUCCCACCAGAUCCUUUAAAUGCUCCACCGAAUUGGACUCAGGUGUUUGCCCACUGCCUCUUAUCAGACCGUCCUGGCAUUUUAGGGAGGUGCUUGGAGAAAGCAGAGUCCUCCCGUGCACCGUCCUCGCAGCCCAGAGCUGAGCCCGCCUCCCCGGGACUGCCCAGCGGCCCUGGCCCCCAGCCACUGUCAGAGUGGACACUCAGCAUUCCCCACGCAUCCCCUACUGAUGCAGCCACCCUUUUCUCAUCCCAAGUCACCUCUGGAGCAAAAUGGAGCACUCUGAAGACCACCAUCCUACAGAGCAAGAAUUGUAACCUCUAGAAUCCAGGUUGCAGGCAGAGAGUACUUUCUGGAGCCUCAACUCCGAAUGUGUCACACCCAGGGUGCGCAGGAGGACACUAACGGGUAAUAAACUCUGCCCUGACCA